ACGAAUUUAUAAGUCGAGUCGGUAGAACGAAACAAACGAAAGUGCUUUUGCUUAUUCUGUCAUUGUUUUUCAAACUUAUUAAUCAUGGCUUCAGUUAUAGCACGUUCGAUUAUUAUGAAGCAACAUUCUGGUGCUCAUCGGCUAAGUUUUGCAACAUCUAUAAAAAUUAAAUCAUGCUAUAGUUCAUAUGCAGCAAGUCCUAAAGAGAAAUCUCCAGAAAACUAUACUCGAUACCAUGAAGUUUCAUCUGAAAACUGGAAGUUUGUGGAACGAUUAAGACCUCAUUUGCUUGUACCUUCUUACCCAACAGAUGGAAACUAUGCUUCUGAUUGGAUUCCUCCAUCAGAUACACCACCAAACUUGCCAUAUUUUGUGAAGAGAACGAAAAAUUUUAUGGUCCCUGUUUAUUUAAAUUUUGAAGAAGUAAGGAAUGCAAGAAAAAUCACCAUCAUCAGACAUAUUGAAGGAGACAUUUGGGCAUUAGAACAAGCUAUCAAAUCACAUCUGGAAAAUGUAACAAAGAAACCUGUGGUUUCUCGAGUACAUGAAGUUGCCAUGCAUAUUAAGUUCAGAGGUGACUAUGUGAAUGAAGUCAAAAAAUGGUUAAUGAAUGCUGGUUUUUGAAAAGCAAUGAACAGUAAAAAUACAGAAAUUAGUAAAAAAUA